AUAAACGUCAUCUUCCUGCUGAGGGAACGUUCCUCUCUUCACGAACUGAGUGUUUGUUCCCUUUGGACUGUUAUACCCUUAGAAGGUUUCAAGCUGCUGAGCUGUCUUCAUGUUCACAGCCACAGAUCAUGUUUUCAAGUGGUUCAGCCUUGCUUGUAGCAAUGUAGUUUAGCGAGCAGCUCAUCUUCCAAGAAGAUAGAGAACUGGUAUUUGAAGGGCUUUAAAAGUAAAUGUGGAAGAACAAAUCCAGCGACGCUGUAUGUUUCAUAAACUUUGUCCCUUAUCUUGCCGAUGUAACGACAUUGUCACUGACGACCAUGAAAGAGGUUCAGAAUAGUACAUCUACAUCUCCUCAACACCCCGUUGAUUUCCUCCCAUGGAGCGAUCCUAGGAAUAUAGUUAGCUAUCAAGCAUACUUAGAUACUUUGUUUUACUACAAUAAUAUCUUUAAGCCCCUGGUGGUCACUGCUGGCAUCGCCACAAACAUCGUCAACUGCCUGGUGUUCAGACGUCAGGGACUGAAAGAUCGCAUGAACCUCUGCCUCUUUGUCCACGCGCUGGUAGACAUGACUUAUCUUGUUUCUUCUCUGGCUUUCAACGUGACCUAUUGGAUUAAACUUCUGCAGCCAGUCCCAGGAGAGGAGUUGUAUCGGAAAACACAUUGCUAUGCAAUGGGGGUGUGCGCGGGGUUCCGAGAAGCAUCGGCCUGCAUAAAUGCAGUCAUUGCUGUGGAACGUUGUGUGUGUGUGGUGUUCCCGCUGAUGGCCAACUCCCUCAUGAGCACUAAAGCCAUGGGUAUUAUGUUAGUUGCCAUAGUGAUAGGGAUGCAACUGGCGUUCGCCACUAAUCCUAUCAAGAGAUACGUAUAUCCGGUGUACGACAACACGACGGGGAUGACGAUGUGGCAAAUGGCUCGAUCAGCUGCCUGGCAAGACAACGAGGCUCUGCUCCUGUAUGACACGGUGGAUGACACCAUCAUGAUGAUCAUAUUUCCGUUCGUCAUCUUUGCCCUGGUGUCAGGUGUCACAACCAUCACGGUGGUCAAGCUGAGAGCCGCCAUGUCCUGGCGACGGAAGGCAAGUUCGAGAGGAAAUCACGCUCAGCCCCAGCAGGUGGCGCUGACCAAGAUGCUUGUCCUCGCUUCCUGCAUCUUCGUUGCCUGCAAAGUUCCGGUAAUCGCUUUCACUAUGGGUCGCGUUGUUUAUCCAGAGUUCUCCCCUUUCGGCAGCCAGCACAAUGCAUUCAGGAUCGCAGACUUAAUCGCCCCUUACUUCCCUUACGCCCACUGUGCUGUCAGCUUCUUCGUCUACUAUUCGCUGUCUUCGCGGUUCAGGUCUGAGCUGCAGGGUCUCUGUGGAUGCUCACGGGCAACCACAGUCCCAGAACGCUCUCCCGAAACGCCCGGUGCUUGGAAAAUUCCUACAGAAAAUGUUAAUCAGAGUCUCAAAAUAUUGCCUUCCGAAUUCUUUACUAAAACAAUCACCUUUCUUUGGAAAUAA